UCGGUCUGAGCAAAAGGUUUCGAGCUCUCAAGUUGUGGUUCGUUAUCAGGAGCUUCGGUGUCGCUGGUCUCCAGAAACACAUAAGAGAGGGCGUGAGAAUGGCGCAGAAGUUCGAGGUGUUCGUGAAGAGUGACCCGCGGUUCGAAAUCCCGACGCCGCGACACCUGGGGAUGGUCGUGUUUCGGCUGAAGGGCGAGAAUGAACUCACGGAGAAACUGCUGAAAAAGAUGAACUCGUCAGGGAAGCUUCACUGUGUGCCAGCGUGUCUCAAGGGGAAGUACGUCAUAAGGUUCACGGUGACGUCGACCUACACCACCGUCGAGGACCUCUCUCGAGACUGGGCCAUCAUACGCGCCACGGCCUCCGAGGUGCUCAGCAAGACCCCCGCCGAAGAACAGAAGACCCGCGUGUUCCUGAAAGACACCCGCAAGAACCCGGACUUCGGCACGUCGCUCCUCCUCGCCAAUUCCCCGAUGUCCCCGAAGAUCGUGAACGGAUCCUUCGCCGCCAUCUUCGACAACAACGACGUCCUUUUCGAGUUCGCCAAGAAGCUCCAGCAGCUCAAGUUCGACGUCAAGGAUUCGCCCGGCAAAGCCAUGAGGAAACGAAUCAAGGGGAUGCUCAUGGCCGGCAAACAGUACUCCCUCGACUCCCGCAUGGACCUUGUCACGACCCUGGUGAGCUCCGCCAGGCCCGGGGAGAACAUGCCGACCAUGAGGGAGAACAGCGUGGAGUUGCAGGACUUCCAGGAGCCGGGAGUCGACACAGGUGAGGGCGUGGAAGGUUGGAAGGGCGUGGACACGGGUGAGGGCGUGGGACUGAAGGUGGUGAUGGUGCAUGCUGGCAUGCGUAUGGCUGUCUGUCAUCACAGGGCCUCAAGACAUGCAACUGCUAAUCUAGCUCCUAAAUCUGAGCAGUCAUCGGCUGGGAUGUUACCUGUGCAGACGGAGGGCGGCUACAGCCCCUCGCGCGGCCGGUCUCGAAGUGUCGACGACGGCAUCGUCACCCCCGAUUUGAAGUCCCUGGAGCUGGACGAGGCCAUUGCAGAGGGCGACGGGGAGUCCUCUUCUCCCGAGGGCGAGGUCAACCACAGAUCCCAGGCCCUGAACGGCAACGUGCACGCCAGCAUCUGCCACAAGUGCGGAUCCGCCAUCGCAGCGCAGCUUUAUGACAAGGGUGACGUGUCCUUAACCGGUAUUCUCCGUCAUCGUGUGUCCUCACGAGGACUUGUCUGCGGUACUUUUAGUCGCUUCCUAUGUGCAAAUUCUCAUGGUGCUCCGAACGAGACAAUCAAAGGCCGUUUUAGCGGUUUGCGAGGCCCGUACCAAAGAAUAUUCGAUACUUGA